AGCUCAACCAGUUGCAGAGGGCACCGGUGGCGGCAGGACUUCGCAAAGGAUCCCCAAGGCUCCUGAGCAGGGACCUGAGGUGCGGGUUAUGCUGGGGCCUCAGAUAGCCGAGGACAAUUGGACACUGAGGACAGCAUCAUGGGGGACAAGCAGGACCAUGAGGAAGUACUGGAGAUCCCAGAUCGGGAUAGUGAAGAGGACCUGGAAAACAUUAUAGAGGAGAUAGCAUAUAGAGACCUAGACCCGCCUGUGGUCCAGAUGCAGGAGCCAGAAGCUCUUCCCACAGAGCCGGUAGCCACAUACUACACCCCCACCAGCACCUCCACAUCGCGCCGAAGCUCCUAUCAGGUCUAUGUGGAGCUACAGGAGCUAAGGAUGGACCAGAGGAACCAGGAGCUACAGUGGGUGGAGGCAGCGCACUGGAUGGGGCUGGAAGAAAACCUACGAGAGGAUGGUGUGUGGGGCCGCCCACACCUGCCUUACCUCACCUUCUGGAGCCUUCUAGAGCUGCAGAGAGUCUUCUCAAAAGGCACCGUGCUCCUGGAUCUGGCAGAGACAUCCCUGGCUGGGGUGGCCAAUAAGCUUCUAGACAGCUUCAUCUACGAGGACCAGAUUCGGCCUCAGGACAGAGACGAGCUGCUCCGGGCUCUGCUACUCAAACGCAGCCAUGCUGAGGACCUAAAGGCGCUGGAGGGAGUGAAGCCUGCCAUCCUGACCCGCUCUGGGGGCCCUUGUGAGCCCCUGCUUCCCCAGCAGCCAUCACUGGAGACCGAGCUGUACUGUGGGCAGGCAGAGGGGAGCCCAGAAGGAAUUCUGAAGAUCCCCCUAGAUUCAGAAGCCGUACUGGUACUAGUAGGCCGUGCUAAUUUUCUGGAGAGGGCCGUGCUGGGCUUCGUGAGACUGAAGGAAGCUGUGCAGCUGGAGGACCUGGAGAUGCGGGAGCCUGUGCACUUCCUCUUCGUUCUGCUGGGACCCGAGGCUCCCCAUGUCGACUACACCCAGCUGGGCAGGGCUGCAGCUACUCUCAUGACAGAACGAGUGUUCCGCACAGCUGCCUAUCUGGCACAGAGCCGAGGGGAGCUGCUGAGUUCCCUGGAGGGUUUCCUGGACUGUAGCCUGGUACUGCCCCCCACCGAUGCCCCUUCAGAGCAAGCUCUGCUCAACCUGAUACCGGUGCAGAAAGAAUUGCUUAGAAGACGCUACCUGCCCAGUGCUGCCAAGCCAGACCCUGCCUUAUACAAGGCCCUAGAAUUGAAUGGGGGCCCCGGCGGUCCUGGUGGUGCAGAUGACCCUCUGCGGCGCACAGGCCGGAUCUUUGGAGGCCUGAUACGCGACAUCCGGCGCCGUUAUCCUUACUAUCUGAGUGAUAUCACAGAUGCGCUCAGCCCCCAGGUCCUGGCUGCCGUUAUCUUCAUCUACUUUGCUGCCCUGUCACCUGCCGUCACCUUUGGUGGCCUUCUUGGAGAAAAGACUCAGAACCUGAUAGGUGUGUCGGAGCUGCUCAUCUCCACAGCGGUACAAGGCAUUCUCUUUGCUCUCCUGGCAGCACAGCCCCUGCUGGUGCUUGGCUUCUCAGGACCCCUGCUGGUGUUUGAGGAAGCUUUCUACUCGUUCUGUGAAAGCAAUAACAUGGAGUAUAUAGUGGGCCGUGCAUGGAUUGGUUUCUGGCUCAUUCUGUUGGUGGUGUUGGUGGUGGCCUUUGAAGGCAGCUUCUUGGUCCGAUUCAUCUCCCGAUACACCCAGGAGAUCUUCUCCUUCCUCAUCUCCCUCAUCUUCAUCUAUGAGACUUUCUCCAAGCUGAUCAAGAUUUUCCAGGAUUACCCACUACAACUGAAUUAUACAUAUGUUCCAAUGAAGCCCAAACCUCAAGGCCCAGUGCCCAACACGGCCCUCUUAUCCCUUGUGCUCAUGGCUGGUACCUUCUUACUUGCCAUGAUGCUUCGAAAGUUCAAGAACAGCACCUACUUCCCUGGCAAGCUCCGUAGAGUCAUUGGAGACUUCGGAGUUCCCAUCUCCAUCCUGAUAAUGGUGGUGGUUGAUUCCUUCAUCAAGGACACCUACACCCAGAAACUCUCAGUCCCUGAUGGCCUCAAAGUGUCCAAUUCCACUGCCCGGGGCUGGGUCAUCCACCCUCUGGGUCUGUACAGUGAUUUUCCAUCCUGGAUGAUGUUUGCGUCCGCCCUGCCUGCCCUGCUGGUCUUCAUCCUCAUAUUUCUUGAGUCUCAGAUCACCACGCUGAUUGUCAGCAAACCAGAGCGCAAGGUGAUCAAGGGCUCCGGCUUCCAUCUGGACCUGCUGCUGGUGGUUGGCAUGGGUGGGGUGGCCGCCCUCUUUGGGAUGCCUUGGCUCAGUGCCACCACUGUGCGCUCUGUUACCCAUGCUAAUGCCCUCACAGUCAUGGGCAAGGGCAGUGGUCAGAUCCAAGAGGUCAAAGAGCAGCGGAUCAGUGGGCUCCUGGUCUCUGUGCUUGUGGGACUGUCGAUCCUCAUGGAGCCUAUCCUGUCCCGUAUCCCCCUGGCCGUGUUGUUCGGCAUCUUCCUGUACAUGGGGGUCACAUCCCUCAGCGGCAUCCAGCUCUUUGACCGCAUCUUGCUUCUGUUCAAGCCACCCAAGUACCACCCCGAUGUGCCCUUUGCCAAGCGGGUGAAGACCUGGCGCAUGCACUUGUUCACGGGUAUCCAGAUCACCUGCCUGGCGGCGCUGUGGGUGGUGAAGUCCACCUCCGCCUCUCUGGCCCUGCCCUUUGUCCUCAUCCUCACCGUGCCCCUGCGUCGCUUCCUGCUUCCGAUCAUCUUCAGUGAGCUGGAACUCCAGUGUCUGGAUGGUGAUGAUGCAAAAAUAACCUUUGACGAUGAGGAAGGUCUGGAUGAGUAUGAUGAAGUGCCCAUGCCUGUGUGAGGGGCAGGUCCAGGCCCCCAACCAUUCCACUCUCCUCCCAGGAAGAGCAUUCAUGGGCAUCUCAUGGCUGUGGGUGGGGAAGGAAAGGUUGUCUAGGAAACGCUCUACCUAAGGUACACUGGAUUUUCUGACUGAAGAUGACCAGAAGCCACAUCAGGGAAUUGGGGUCACAGUCUCUUGAGCCUAUAUGGGUUCUAUAUGGGAGCUCCCUUCCUUCAUGGCACACAUGGCACAGUUAUAAAUAGCAAGGGGGAGAGAUGGAGGGCAGUCUUCAGGUUCCUGCUGGCUGUGUGACCUUAUGUAAGUCCCUUGACCUCUCUGGCCUCUGCUUCUACUCUAUAAAAUGUAUGCCUUGAUAAUAAUGCCCAUGUAACCACAUGGUCUCUGAGGACCAAUGGCAAAUGUGAAAGGACCAUUCAAAAGCACUCAUCAUUUUCUGAGCCUACCUGAGGUCACACAGUGCCUGGGCUCCAGAGAGGGACUUGAGCCAAGGCUCCACACAUCCCUCCUUCCCUGAUGACUUCCUUCCCUUCUCUGUCCCAACCCGGUCCCAAGACCCUAUUCUCUACACCCAGAGAGGCACCCGGUAGAGUAAGGUCCUGGUGAGGGACUGGGACUCACACUCCUAAGUGCUUGCUUCCUCCCACCAGUCACUCAUUCAUUCACUCACUCAUUCAUUCAUUCAUUUACUCCAUAGUCGCCUACUAAGAGCCCUGGGCCUGGUGGACAUAGAGCGGACUGGGUCAAACCCCUGCUUCGGGGUGGGUCAACACACAGUGCUUUGGACUUGG